AUGUUAAACCAUGUGGCAAAGUCUUCUCGGUGGACGAGAAAUAUAUUUAUCAAUCAUUCAAUGAGACAAUUUUCGAUCUCACGAACAAAUCGAUUUUUAAAUAUCAUUGAAAGUGUCAGAAGAAAGGAGCACAGAAAUGAUUCUAAUGUUGAUACAUCGAAAAAUGCUGAUACGUGGUUAAUUAGAAAUGCGAGAGCAAUCAGGAAUGUUGAAGAAUUUAUGCGUAAAGAAAAGCCGGCUGAAAGUUUCACGGUAAUUCCACGAAAUACAGUAUCCGGUCUAAAAGCACCAUAUUGGAUAGAUGAUUUAAUCAAUAAAUCCAAACCGCUAUAUCCAAAAGAUCCCUCAGAAACUUUUAUAAUUCCUAAACGAGAGUUAAUAUCGAAGAGAAUGGCAGACUCUUACAUUGAACAAUUUAUACCAUUUAAAAGCGAUCCAGAUUUAUUAGAGGAUUAUAUUAGUUCUGAGGGAAAGAUUUUUCGGGAUCUUGAUAUAUUGGCAAAAACAAUAGCAUUUAAACAUUGUGAGAAUGAACAUGCGGUUUCCUUACCUUUAGCCAUUGUUACAGCUUCUGUUGAUAGGUUAGACUUAAUAAAACCUAUACCUAUUGCUGAUAUUAGACUUUCUGGACACGUCACGUAUGUGGGGUAUAGUUCCGUGGAAGUUUUAAUUAAGAUGGAAUCCCUACACGAAGGUGUUCUAAAAAACAUUGAACCAAAGCCAGAAGUUAACCGAGAUGCUCUUUCAGAAAUGUGCCAGACAAUUUUGAAUGCUCGGUUUACUAUGGUAGCUCGGGAUCCUUUUACGAGAAAAUCUGCUCAGGUUAACUCAUUACAAUUGGAAGACGAUCACCAAAAAAGGCUUUUCCAUUUAGGCGAAGAACAAAGGGCCCGUAGUAAAGUAGAAUCAGCCUCGUCUUUAAAUAAGGUGCCUCCAACUGAAGAAGAAAAAGAGCUUAUUCAUGAAUUAUUUCUUGAACACAAAAAUUGUGCAGAGAAGCAAAACAACUUUGUGUGGAUGGAUAAUACUACCAUGGAGUCCGUGACGCUCAUGACACCGCAGCUUGCAUUCUCAACUGCAUGCGUAUUUCUUCGUAGCAGACCAAUAUUCUUAGCCUUGGAUGAAAUUUCUUUUCGAAAAUCAGUUCCAAUCGGAUCAAUACUAAAAAUGAGUUCUCAAAUAGUUUGUUCACCAGGGCCACCACAUAAAAGGUUCCAAAUCGCGGUCACGGCUGAUGUUAUAGACAUUGAAAAUGAAAAACGCGAAACUACAAACGUUUUUCAUUUUACUUUUACCUCAAAUAAUUUGGUUGACGCUCGUAGAGUGAUUCCAAAGACUUACGAUGAAGCGUUGAAGUAUAUUGAAGGUAGAAGACGUAGGAAUGUUGGGUUAAAACUUCGAAAAUUGUACAUUGAAUCAAUUAAUAAUUCCUUCUAA